ACGCUGCGGCGGGCCCUGGCCGAGAAGCCCCGCUUUCUUCCCUCAGCCACCGAAAAUAAACUUUGCUGCUCUUUUCGCGGCGUUCUCGGAUCCGCCUCCCGGCGGUGCCGCAGUCGGUGAAGAGCCUUCGUGCGUCAGGCCUUCCUUUCUUCCCUCCGCCGGCGCGGGCACUCGACGCCAUGGACGCUACGGCGCUGGAGCGGGACGCCGUGCAGUUCGCCCGGCUGGCGGUGCAGCGCGACCAAGAAGGUCGCUACUCCGAGGCGGUGUUUUACUACAAGGAAGCUGCACAAGCCUUAAUUUAUGCUGAAAUGGCAGGAUCAAGCCUAGAACAUAUUCAAGAAAAAAUAAAUGAGUAUCUGGAAAGAGUUCAGGCUUUGCAUUCAGCAGUUCAGUCAAAGAGUGCUGAUCCUUUGAAAUCAAAACAUCAGUUGGACUUAGAACGUGCUCAUUUCCUUGUUACGCAAGCUUUUGAUGAAGAUGAAAAAGGGAAUGUUGAAGAUGCUAUAGAAUUGUAUACUGAAGCCGUAGAUCUCUGUCUGAAAACCUCUUAUGAAACUGCUGAUAAAACUCUGCAAAAUAAACUGAAACAGUUGGCUCGACAGGCACUAGAUAGAGCAGAAGCAUUGAGUGAGCCUUUAACAAAACCAUUAUGCAAAAUCAAGUCAACAAAUAUCAAACCAAAGCCACCUCCAAUGAGAGCACAUUUUCCUCUAGGGACUAGUCCUUUCCUGGAAAGACCUCAACCCUUUAUAAGUCCACAGUCAUGUGAUGCACAAGGACAGAGAUAUACAGCAGAAGAAAUAGAAGUUCUCAGGACAACAUCAAAAAUAAAUGGUAUAGAAUAUGUUCCUUUCAUGAGUAUUGAUCUGAGGGAACGUUUUGCCUAUCCAAUGCCUUUCUGUGAUAGAUGGGGCAAGCUACCAUUAUCACCUAAACAAAAAGCUACAUUUUCCAAAUGGGUACGACCAGAAGACCUCACCAACAAUCCUACAAUGAUUUAUACUGUGUCCAGUUUUAGCAUAAAGCAGACAAUAGUAUCAGAUUGUUCCUUUGUGGCAUCACUCGCUAUCAGUGCAGCUUAUGAAAGACGAUUUAAUAAGAAGUUGAUUACCAGCAUAAUUUACCCUCAGAAUAAGGAUGGUGAGCCAGAAUACAAUCCAUGUGGAAAGUAUAUGGUAAAACUUCACCUCAAUGGUGUCCCAAGAAAGGUGAUCAUUGAUGACCAAUUACCUGUUGAUCAUAAGGGAGAAUUGCUUUGUUCUUAUUCUAACAACAAAAGUGAAUUAUGGGUUUCUCUCAUAGAAAAAGCAUAUAUGAAGGUCAUGGGAGGAUAUGAUUUCCCAGGAUCCAAUUCGAAUAUUGAUCUUCAUGCACUGACUGGGUGGAUACCAGAAAGGAUUGCUAUGCAUUCAGAUAGCCAGACUUUCAGUAAGGAUAAUUCUUUCAGAAUGCUUUAUCAAAGGUUUCACAAAGGGGAUGUCCUCAUCACUGCAUCAACUGGAAUGAUGACUGAAGCUGAAGGAGAGAAGUGGGGUCUGGUUCCCACACAUGCAUAUGCUGUUUUGGAUAUUAGAGAGUUCAAGGGGCUGCGAUUUAUCCAGCUGAAAAAUCCUUGGAGUCAUUUACGUUGGAAAGGAAGAUACAGUGAAAAUGAUGUAAAAAACUGGACCCCAGAGUUACAAAAAUAUUUAAACUUUGAUCCUCGAACAGCUCAGAAAAUAGACAAUGGAAUAUUUUGGAUUUCAUGGGAUGAUCUCUGCCAGUAUUAUGAUGUGAUUUAUUUGAGCUGGAAUCCAGGUCUUUUUAAAGAAUCAACAUGUAUUCAUAGUACUUGGGAUGCUAAGCAAGGACCUGUGAAAGAUGCCUAUAGUCUGGCCAACAACCCCCAGUACAAACUGGAGGUGCAGUGUCCACAAGGGGGCGCUGCAGUUUGGGUUUUGCUUAGUAGACACAUAACAGACAAGGAUGAUUUUGCAAAUAAUCGAGAAUUUAUCACAAUGGUUGUAUACAAGACUGAUGGGAAAAAAGUUUAUUACCCAGGUGACCCGCCUCCAUACAUUGAUGGCAUUCGAAUUAACAGCCCUCAUUAUUUGACUAAGAUAAAGCUGACCACACCUGGGACCCAUACCUUUACAUUAGUGGUUUCUCAGUAUGAAAAGCAGAAUACAAUCCAUUAUACUGUCCGGGUAUAUUCAGCCUGCAGCUUUACUUUUUCAAAGAUUCCUUCACCGUACACCUUAUCAAAACAGAUUAAUGGAAAGUGGAGUGGCCAGAGUGCUGGAGGAUGUGGAAAUUUCCAAGAAACUCACAGAAAUAACCCCAUCUACCAAUUCCAUAUAGAAAAGACCGGGCCAUUACUGAUUGAGCUAAGAGGACCAAGGCAAUAUAGUGUUGGAUUUGAGGUUGUAACAGUGUCUGUGGUGGGAGAUCCUGGUCCCCAUGGCUUUCAGAGGAAGUCUAGUGGUGACUAUAGGUGUGGGUUUUGCUACCUGGAAUUAGAAAAUAUACCUGCGGGGAUCUACAAUAUCAUUCCUAGUACUUUUUUGCCUAAACAAGAAGGACCUUUUUUCUUGGACUUCAAUAGUAUUAUCCCGAUCAAGACAACGCAACUUCAGUGAUGCAGCUUUCAGCUUUACUGGAUUUUAUACUUACAAAUCAGCUCUUCAAAUGAGGACAGAAAUCCUCAGGACACCAAACAAUCAGAACAGAAUUAACUCUCAAAAUGUUACAGUGGGAUCUGGUGCUGCUCAAGUCAGAGUGUUUAGAAUUGUAUAUAGUCAGAAUUACCCUAAAUCACUCAGAAGUACUAUUUACAUGGUUUUGUGUGUACAAGGACUUGGUUUGCAUUGAGGGGCCCCAUUGUAUAAACAGACUGUAGAGGAUUAAAGGUUAGGCUCAGUCAGCACUGUAUGGUGCCUUUACUAGAAGAGAAUAGAGACCGGAUAAGGGACAUGACUUAUCCACUCAACUGGGUGGAACAGUAGGCUGGAAUAAUAUUCUGAAAUACAUUUGUCUUUUGGCAGAGCAUGUUGUAAGUUAAACUUGCUUGUGUUGUGACUCUACAUCUUGGGCAGCUAAUUACCAAAUGAAUCAUGUUACCAUAAUAGAUUUUGUGUUAGGAUUUUUAAUGUUUGUUGCCCAGAUGUUAUGAAAGAAUAAAGCUUUAAGAAAUAUUUUAACUUAGUUUACAAUGAAGGUGGUUGAACUUAGGUACCUGUCUCCCAUUAACUCAUGUAAGGAGAGCUGAGAUAUAUUCAGUAUUGCAUUUCUUACUUUUAACAGGCUAAAUGAAGGUAGUAAUCUGAGACACUGAAGACAUUACAAUUUAGUUUGUAUAGUCUUUUAAAAAUUGCUCUUAUGUUAACACUGAAAAAAAAACACGAUUGAAAAUUUAAUAUAUGGUAAUUGGGGUUGUAUUUGGAAAAGCUGCCAAGAUACUAAUGCCAUGUAUAAAUUCCCAGUUUACAUAGAAAUCCAUGAGAGCAGAAUGAUGCUCAAGAUUUUAAACAUCUGAAAAUAAGGUGGAAUUUUUCGUCGUCUCUACUUUAUAACUAUCACCAGUUAUUUUGUAUUUCUGCUACCUUGAUUUGAAAUAAAAUCUUUAUACUUAUGGAAACUGCAUAGUAACCUAGAGAGAUUAUUAAAAGGCUUCAUCUAGUACAUUCCAUCUAAAAGAACUCAUUAGUUACAUGACCGUUCAGGCUUCAGCAAAUCUGUUUUCAUAUUCAGGACAGUGAUUCCACUUUGGUAAAUAUUUAGUAUUUUCAAUUUUAGAUGGAUUCAUUUUGUGGCCCUUUAAAGAAAAAUUUAAACACAUAAUUGGAACAUUUUAUGUUAAAGAUAUUUGUACAGGAUGCAAACAAAUAAGACCUAAUUCCUACCCUCAAAAACCGAAUGGAGACCUACAUAUACCAGUUUAAUCUAAUAUUGAAUUGUUAUAAUAGAGCUCCAGAUACGGCGCUACAGAUAGGAAAAAACAGCCUGAAUGUCAACCCAAUGCACAUUAGAAUCACCUGGGGGAACUUUUAAAAGUUCGGUACCUCAGGCGUACCCCCAAAUGAUCUCAGGCUCUAAGACCGGCGAACAGCCGCCUUCUUGAAGCUUCCUGGGAGACUGCAGUGCAGCAGAGGUUGGGAAGCACUCUGACAUAAUCACCUUGUCUUCAUUCUCCUAAAGCUGCAUUCUCCUUACUGCGCUUUAGUCACAGCAGAAUUCUAACUCAAACCUUCAUAGUUGGGGCUUAAAUUAUUAGGAUCCAGG